CGGGUGGGGAAAGGGGUAAGGAGAAACGCACAGAAAUUGGAAUCACGUCGGGGAAGAUGGCGAGCGGUGCGGGGUCUGUAGCGUCGUUGUGGACCGAAGUGAACCGCUGCGGACAAAAUGGCGACUUCACGAGAGCGCUCAAGGCAGUCAACAAGAUUCUUCACGAGAAUAAGGACGACGUGACGGCGCUGCGCUGUAAAAUCGUGUGCCUCAUUCAGACCGGAGGCUUCAAAGAGGCGCUCAACGUCAUCAACACCCACACCAAGUCGCUCACGAGUGAGACGAUCGGGUUCGAGAAGGCGUACUGCGAGUACCGGCUGAACCGAGUGGAGAGCGCUCUCAAGACCAUCGAGGCAAUCCCCGAGCAGACGGACAAAGUCAAAGAGCUUUACGGUCAAGUGCUGUACAGGCUGGAGCGGUACACAGAGUGUGAAUCAGUGUAUAAAGACUUGAUCAGAAACUCCCAGGAUGAGUACGAGGAGGAAAGAAAGACAAACCUCACCGCAGUGCAGGCCGCACGGAGCACCUGGGAGAAGGCGACACCCGAGAACCUGGGGCUGCCCGAGAGCACGUACGAGCUUUGCUACAACGCCGCGUGCAACCUGAUCGGCAGAGGCAAACUCGCUCAGGCCAUGAAAAAACUCCAGGAAGCCGAAGAGCUGUGUAGAAUAUCUCUGGCAGAAGACUCGGACAUGACCGAGGAGGAUAUAGACUCUGAGCUGGCAGUGAUCCACUCUCAGAUGGCCUUCGUCAUGCAGCUCCAAGGCAGGACCGAGGACGCGCUGCAGCUUUAUAACCAAGUCAUCAAACUGAAGCCGUCUGAUGUGGGUCUACUAGCGGUCACUGCCAAUAACAUCAUCACCAUCAACAAGGACCAAAACGUGUUCGACUCCAAGAAGAAGGUGAAGCUGAUGAGCGCCGAGGGGGUGGAAUACAAACUGGCCAAGAAGCAGCUCCAAGCCAUCGACUUUAACAAAGCGCUGCUCGCCAUGUACACAAACCAGGCUGAUCAGUGCAGAAAGUUGUCGGCGAACCUGCAGUCACAGAACCCUGGACACCCACAGCCAGUUCUCAUCCAGGUCGCUCAGCUCUGUCGGGAGAAACAGCACAGCAAGGCCAUGGAGCUGCUGCAGUGUUUUUCAGAAAAGCAUCCAGAAAGCGCCUCUGGAAUCAAACUGACUAUGGCACAACUCUAUCUGACCCAAGGCCACGUGACUAAAGCCUGCGACAUUCUGAGGUCGAUAGAGGAGUUUAGGCACAAACCAGGAAUGGUUUCCGCUCUGGUGACUAUGUAUACCCAUGAAGAGGACAUUGACAGUGCGAUUGAUGUCUUCACCCAAACCAUCCAGUAUUAUAGAACAAAACAGCCCAGCUCCCCAGUACACCUCUCUCUCAUUCGUGAAGCGGCAAAUUUUAAGCUCCGUUACGGCAGAAAGAAGGAGUGCAUCACCGACCUGGAGCAGCUCUGGAAACAAAACCCGAAAGACGUGCACACGUUGGCGCAGCUCAUCUCCGCCUACUCGCUCGUGGAUCAAGACAAGGCCAAAGCGCUCAGUAAGCAUCUGCCCUCUGCUGACACCAUGUCUUUUAACAUCGACGUGGACGCGCUGGAGAACUCUCAUGGAGCCACGAACGUCAGGAAAAAAGCAGCCAAAGUUGUGGGCGAAAACCCGCCCAAGGAACAGGGCCAAGUGGACAUUAAAAAGAAGAAGAAAAAGAAGAAAGGCAAACUACCCAAGAACUGCGACCCCAAAUCGACUCCUGACCCCGAGCGCUGGCUGCCUAUGCGAGAGCGCUCGUACUACCGCGGGAGGAAAAAGGGCAAGAAGAAGGAGCAGGUGGGAAGAGGAACUCAGGGAGCGACGUCGGGCGGCGCAGCAGAACUGGACGCCAGCAAAACAGCAAGCAGCCCCCCGACGUCCCCUCGACCCGGGUCUGGCACCGGCUCCGCCCCCAACGUCGUGCCCCCACGGCAACAGAAACCCGCCGCCCCCGGAGCGACACGUAAAAAAGUCCCGCAGAAGAAAAAGAAGGGCGGAAAAGGAGGAUGGUAGACAGAAGACUAAGUCCAUUACCCAGCUCCCUCCUUAUGUGCCCUCCUUUGGAGAAUUGAAACGCUGCCUGAGGGGAAACGGAGUUAGUGACAGGAAUAUCAAAGGAGGGAUCCGGGGAAUGUUGUUUGCGAUUAGACGUGGAGAAACAAAAAUCUGACCCAGGGAAUUUUUUUUUUUUUUUUCGAGUUUUUAACCAUCACAUCCUUCGGUUAUGCGUUAAUAUUUUAAAAGUCCUUUUAAAAUCAAAAUUACGCGAAGAAAGUGCUGAUAGUCAGCAUUUUUUUGCUUUCUGUAACAAACAAAUGUUUCAUACCUGUUAUUUAUGGACUUGGGACUUUUGUUUUGUUUUUUUUGUGGUAAAUUAAAGAAACAAACUGCCUGCUCAUGACCUCAUUAGUCUAUAUUUCAUCUCCGUAUCCUUUUAUUUGAUACACUUACCUGCUCAAUCUGUAUGCAGACAUUAACUUUGCGUCAAACAACAAUAAGAAAAAAUGCUGUUUAUGCAAAUUCAAAUCUAUUUAUUUUUCAAACUCCUGGAUAAAUCAAGCCUGCGAGUGUAAUUCCUUGAAAAGCAUAUCGGCCGGUUGUUUUUCCGUAGGAUCGGGCGGGAGACUGAAAGUGUAAAUCGAACAGAAAGGACAGCUCCCAUGUAAAGUCUUAAUAAAAAUUUCCUUGAGAACAGAA